GGAGUCGAGCCGGGCCGGGCGGGCCGGGAGGAGGAGCCGGGCGGGCUGGCGGGCGGCCGGGCGGCGGCAUGGCGGAGCCGAGCGGGGCCGAGACGAGGCCCCAGAUUCGGGUCACCGUCAAGACCCCCAAGGACAAGGAGGAGAUCGUGAUCUGCGAUCGAGCCUCGGUCAAGGAGUUCAAGGAGGAAAUCUCCCGGAGGUUUAAGGCUCAGCAGGAUCAGCUGGUCCUGAUCUUCGCAGGCAAGAUCCUCAAGGAUGGAGACACACUGAACCAGCAUGGGAUCAAGGAUGGGCUCACCGUCCAUCUAGUCAUCAAGACCCCUCAGAAGGCUCAAGAUCCAGUGACUGCUACUGGUUCUCCCCCAUCCACUCCUGACUCUGCCUCUGCACCCUCCACCACACCUGCCUCACCUGCUGCCCCUACCCAGCCCUGCGGCUCUGGUGCCACUUCAGAUGCUGGCAGUGGAGGGGGACCCACUCCGGUGGCUGCAGAGGGGCCCCCAAGUGCUACUGCAUCGAUUCUCUCUGGCUUUGGAGGUAUCCUUGGCCUAGGCAGUCUGGGCCUGGGUUCUGCCAACUUCAUGGAGCUACAGCAACAGAUGCAGAGACAGCUCAUGUCCAAUCCUGAGAUGCUGUCACAGAUCAUGGAGAACCCCUUAGUCCAGGAUAUGAUGUCAAACCCUGACUUGAUGCGCCACAUGAUCAUGGCUAACCCCCAGAUGCAGCAGUUGAUGGAGAGGAACCCCGAGAUCAGCCACAUGCUCAACAACCCUGAGCUCAUGAGGCAGACAAUGGAGCUUGCUCGGAACCCAGCCAUGAUGCAAGAAAUGAUGCGGAACCAGGACCGGGCCCUCAGCAACUUGGAAAGUGUCCCUGGAGGCUAUAAUGCCCUCCGCCGCAUGUACACUGACAUCCAGGAGCCCAUGUUCACUGCUGCUCGGGAACAGUUUGGCAACAAUCCCUUCUCUUCCCUGGCCGGGAACUCCGACAGCUCAUCCUCCCAACCUCUUCGGACUGAGAAUCGAGAGCCCCUCCCUAACCCCUGGAGCCCCUCGCCCCCCACCUCCCAGGCCCCCGGGUCCGGUGGGGAGGGCACCGGAGGAUCGGGGACCAGCCAGGUGCACCCGACAGUCUCGAACCCUUUUGGGAUCAAUGCGGCUAGCCUGGGGUCAGGGAUGUUCAACAGCCCAGAAAUGCAGGCACUCCUCCAGCAGAUUUCCGAAAACCCUCAGCUGAUGCAGAAUGUGAUCUCAGCCCCUUACAUGCGCAGCAUGAUGCAGACGCUCGCCCAGAACCCUGACUUUGCUGCUCAGAUGAUGGUGAACGUGCCGCUGUUUGCGGGGAAUCCACAGCUUCAGGAGCAGCUCCGCCUGCAGCUCCCUGUGUUUCUGCAGCAGAUGCAGAACCCAGAGUCUCUCUCCAUCCUCACCAACCCCCGGGCCAUGCAGGCCUUGCUGCAGAUCCAGCAGGGCCUGCAGACCCUGCAGACUGAAGUCCCUGGGCUGGUACCCAGCCUUGGCUCCUUUGGGACAUCCCGGACCCCUGGACCCCUGGCAAGCAGCAACUCUGGUUCUGCAGCUGAGGCCCCCACCUCCUCCCCCGGUGUACCAGCUACGUCUCCUCCUGCAGCGGGUUCCAGUGUCCAGCAGCAACUGGUGCAGCAGAUGAUCCAGUUUUUGGCUGGAGGUGGAAACUCACAGGUGCCGAUGCCAGAAGUCAGAUUUCAGCAACAGCUGGAGCAACUGAACUCCAUGGGCUUUGUCAACCGUGAAGCCAACCUACAGGCCCUGAUUGCCACAGGAGGGGACAUCAACGCGGCUAUUGAGAGACUCCUGGGGUCCCAGCUCUCCUGAUCCCUUGGCCCAUGCCUCCUGCCUUCCCCACCUCUCAGCGCCAGCCUUUGGCUCCUCUGUCAAGCCCUACCUUCUGUAGCCUGUCUUCUUUGACCUCUACAAACAGCAGGGUGACACUAGAGGCAUUGGCCCAACCCCGUAGCUCUGUCCAAGGAUUUUAAUUCAGUUGCUGUCUAAUGAAAUCUCUCCUGGUCCUCCGAGCAGAGCUAUUUAGUUUGCACAGUUGUGUUGUCAGUUGGCCCCGCCUCCUUGCCCACAAGUACUCUGGCAGUGUUCAGUCUUCUCCCAGGGUCUGAGAGAGGAGGACCCCGUCUGGCGUCCUGGAAGUCUUCCAUCAGUACCACUAGGGAUUAGCUUGCCUUACAUUUACUUUUACUCUCUCCUUUCCCUCCCUGACCUCAACCCAACCAGUGUUUGAAUUUCACUCUGUGGAGAGGAACUGAUGAAAUGCUGUAGUUUUCUUUCUCUGCCCCUAUUCUGCACAUCCAUCCAGCAUUUUCUCAUGGGCUUCUUUGGGACUCUGAGUCAGGGAGAAAGACACCUGUCCUCUUGCCCAAAUGGAGCAAUGAGCCAGUGCUCUGGGCAGGGUUACUAAGGACAGACAAGACCAGCAGAGGCUGGUGCUGGAGAGCGAGAGCUGAGAGACCCUGGAAGCAGGGACUGGGGGAAGAUGGCCUCAGCUGAAUGCUUGCAAGUCGGAAUUGACAGUUGGGAUCUAGCACCAGUAGAUUUCAGGUUGGAGAACCCAGGCUCAGGCCUGACAGAAGAGAGAGACUGAUGGAGUUUGAAUUGAAGAAAGGAGCUCUACAAAGCUGAGCAGUGUCCCCUACAAGGAAUCCGGUUGGUCCAUUGUCUCCAUUACACACAUGUUCCAAUGACCCAGGACCUGCCUAUAUCUUCAAGCUCUGGUACUUUUGAGCCCCACUCUCCAGGAGAUAUGAUGGGGUUGGAUCUUUCUCGGCAAUAUGGAGAAGUUGUGCAUAUAUGAGUAUCAUGAAAGUUGGGGAGGUGUGUGUUCUUUGUUGGUUUCUGGUUUACAACUUUGUCAACAGAAAAGAGUAGGUACAAGGGCCAACCUAGUGGAGGAAUAUAGCAUUGGGAUAGCUGGGUUGCUUGGGUCUCUGGGUGUUGGGUAACCAAAAAGCAUAUUGGGUAAUUCUAAAGAUAAUGGCUGUAACUGAUACCCUUACCAUCAUUACUCUUGCAGUGGAAAAAAUAUUGAGUUUUCUCUUCCAGAGCUCCUUCCUUUCAAUUCCUUGCUGGUUCCCUCUAGCCAAGAAAGUUCUAUUUGAAGAAGGGGUGGGAACAGUGAUGCCUUUAAUAAGAAAUUAGGUUUAGCUCAGCUGGGGUACUGAGGGAGAAGCUCCCAACACAUUUCUCUCUGCUAUAUGGUCCAGCUACUUGGAGGAUCCCUGAGUAGGACAUUGAGGAAUCCUGUUCCAGUUGGGGAAGGGUCCCAAGCAAUUCAGACAUGCCUGCCCUUUUCCUCCCUUACUCCCAACACCCACCCUGGCCUUUGUAAAUAAAUGAUUUUUGUUGUGAGAGUA